AUUGGCGGAUUAGAAAGUUUAGUAAAGGAGAUUACAAUAAUUAUUAUGGUAAGACAGGAAAGAGCGCUGUGUUGAAAACCAGGAAUUGCAAUGUGCUGCACGUGCGGCACAUUCUAACCUUUGUGAGGUGCGCAAAAUGCAAAGUAUCCACUAUCCAGUGUUACAAGUAUAAGUAGUAUUUGUGUGCGAUGAGCUAAUAAUUCGCCGGUGCUGCAUAACUUAUAUGAUAAUCCCAGGCUGUUACUCACGGACAAACGUGAUAAGAAACGAACAUGCUAACCUGCGACAGAAGUCAACGACUUUCCCAAUAAUGUUGACACUUUAAUCAGGACCGCGCACGAUUCAUGCGAUAACGCUUAUCUGCAUCAGUGUGAUUACUGUUAAAGUCUGAACAGUGAAAACUACUCAGUAGGCCAACUGUACAACGGUACACGGCAGCCUAAAACACAGACACUGUACCAACGCUCUAAUUUGAAGUUCCGGACCCUCAGUCUCUUAACUACUUCCUGGUUUUCGUUGAAACCGUGUAUACACGGACAGUACCAUGUCCAGCGAAUCGGCCGACGCCAUUGGUACCGGACUAUCGUCCACCUUCUCCUCCAUGGCCCGUCUCUCCGGGGAGAUCCGCUCCCGCACCUCUUCCAGCAGCAGCAUCCUCCCACCCCCUUCCUCCCCUAAACCGCCUCCGCGGCCCCUCCCGCGGGACUCUCUCCUCCUUAACAACGCUCCCGACGCCGCCCGUCGCUACUUCAUGGAUCACGAUAACCGCGGGAUCGCCGUCAUCAUCAACAAUCAGUCAUUUGAUAAAUCGUUGAACUUAUCGAAACGGGUGGGGUCCAGUGUGGAUGCGGUGGCGCUGGAGGAUGCCUUCCGGACGCUGCGUUUUAUCAGCACCAAUAUACAUUGUUACACGGACGUGUCGUGUCGGAAUAUGUUGAAGCUGAUGCAGCAUUACGCGACGACGGAUUUCACCGAUAUGGAUUGUUUUGUUUGUGCGAUAUUGAGCCAUGGGAAGGAUGGAGGGAUUGUGUAUGGGUAUGAUGGGAAGAUCUCCAUUGAUUCUCUGAUGGAGCCGUUUAAGAAGAAAAUGCACGCUAGUCUGGUGGGAAAGCCUAAAGUCUUCCUUGUUCAAGCAUGUCGCGGUGAGACGUUCGAUGACGGCCGCGACUUGACCCAAUCGGACGACGGCGAACAUGUGCAGCGUAUCCCGCUGGAAGCCGACUUUCUCUACGCAUACUCCACGGUCCCGGGGUACUACGCGUGGCGCAACGCCAUGAACGGCUCCUGGUUCAUCCAGGCCAUUGUGAAGAAUAUCCAAACGCACAAGCGCAACGCGGAGAUGGACCUGCUGAAGCUGCUGACCCGAGUCAACUACGACGUGGCCUACCAGUACCAGUCCAAUGCGCCCGAUGAUCCGCGGAUGCACGCCAAGAAACAGAUGCCCAGUGUGGUGUCCAUGCUCACCAAAGAUUUGUGUUUCUUUCGCUCAUGAUUUCGACAUUUCGACAUCAAAGAAAGAUAAAAAUUCUGUGAUAAAUAUUCAGUUUUUUUUUGCUUUACUAAUUUAAUUUUUUCUCAUACUGCGCUUAUUGUAGCCAUGAAAGGGUUAACACCAAUCAUGUUUCGACGUGACAAUUCAAAAACUGCGUUGUGGGCAACCACCACCGGGCGUGGAUUUAUAAUUUGCCCACUGUCCACAGCGAAUGCAAUACAGAAAUCAGAUGC